AGUGUCAUUACUACUAAAGUGCAACGCUGGCUUCUCGCCAUAAAUUUUUUAGCCGAAAGAAAUGACAGGUUAAAUUGACAUCCGGAGAUGCAGUGAAAUAGAGUGGUGUCGUAAAUAGUGCAUUCGUAAAAAAAUAAAAUAGCCCUUUUGGCUUCGCCGAAUUAUUGCGGUGAAAAACAUAGUGGCACUCAGCAUAUCGUGCGUUUACGUAAUUACAUUAAAAUGAAAUUGAAAGGUGAUUAAACCGGGAGCAGCGUGAAGUGCUUAAUGUGGAAUCCAUUGGGGAUUCAUUACAAAUUCCAUUUGGAUGUUAUUCAAGCUGGUGACACUUUCGGCGGUGAUCAAUCAUGGAAAUUAUGGGAAUCGUCGAAAUUGUCUGGUGGAAUUUGAACUGAGAGUUGAGGAGUGGUGGAGGCUUUCGGGGAAUUUCACAUUUGGGUAAAUAAGCCACACGUGGAUACAUUCGAGAAUUAGUGGUUUAAUGUGGACACAGUGUCGUGUCGUAAAAAAUUGAGAGUAGAUAUUUCAUCAGGGGGAUUUCGUCAUCAGGGAAAAUGACUCUGAACAGGGAUGCAAAGAAGAAGAAACCCGAAGGCAAAUUCAGCAUGAGGAAUUCUCUGGAGACGCGGAGGAGUCAGAAAAUUGUCAAUCCGGGUGAAAUUGCAUUCUCGAAACUGGAGCAGACUGGUGACAAUUCGCAUCUGGAGAGAAAGCCCUCGCUGAGGAAGAAACUCGGCGCCUUCAUGCGGGGGAGCGCUGACUUACCGGCGGCGAUAAAUCGGGGACUACAACCGAUACGGAGGAGCUUGAGCUUCAGCAAUUCCCUGAACCGCAGUCACGAGAAGAAACCCCACAGAGCGAGGAGCGCCCAGUGGUACAACAGUUUAGGGUCUCUGGCUGAAGAUGACACUAAGGACGAGGAUACCGAGAGGGAGAGUGUGUAUGAGGAGGAACUGGUUUUCGCACAGAAUCCGGUUAUCGUGAGAGCUAUGAGCUUUGUGGAGAAUCCAUCAGAGACUGCUGCGAGGAGGAGAACGAGACCGAAUGUUGAGAGCCCAUACGGGAGACACAGUGUGCACUAUGAAUCCUCCAUAGAUUUCAGCACACCGCCUUUUGAGGCGUGCAGUCUUCCGGCACUGACACAUUCCGCCAUAGACGAAGAUGAGACUGAUUCCACGCGGGCUUAUAGAAGGGAGAAGCGGGGUUGGCGGGAAUGGAGCAUCCUGAGAGCCAGCGCAAGAAAUUCCCUCCUUCGGUUGGGCACAUCCACCUCCAAACAGCGUCCACACUGUUCAGUAAGUAAUGACAAUGAGCAUCCAGUGGUAGAAAUGUAA